AUGGAUAAGAAGGAGUUGAUAGAAUUCAUGGAAGGAAACAGGGUUGGUUCUAGUAGUGAUGGAGGAGUAGCCGUUUCGAGCUUCUCCGGUGACCAUCUUCCGACACGCGUACCACCGGGAGAAGCCUCACCUGCCGAUCUUGCGUUCUUCUUGAAGGAGCUAGCAGCAGCUCUCUGUCGAUUUCUGCAUAGCCGCCGUGCUGUCACCGUAAGAAAGAUCCAUCGAGCUGCCAACCACCCUUAUCUCAAUGUUUACGAUCUGACGUCGAUUAAUGGCUACGCAUACUGGCUCGGCCUUGGGGUCUACCAUUUCGGCGUGCAAGUUCAUGAUGUUGAAUAUGCAUUUGGAGCACACGAUCAUGGAACUUCAGGGGUUUUUGAAGUGGAACCUAAGCGUUGUCCUGGUUUCACAUUCAGGAAAUCGAUAUUGAUAGGAAGAACUGAUCUAGGUCCCAAGGAGGUCCAUGCCUUUAUGGAGAAAUUAGCUGAAGGGUACUGUGGAAACACUUACUAUCUUAUCACGAAAAACUGCAACCAUUUCUACAAUGACGUGUGUACCAAAUUGAUAAGAAAACCCAUUCCUAGGUGGCAAAACACCACAUUUUUCGCCAGAAUUGACGCCAUUGCUCAAACUCCACCUUUCUGCAACUGCCGUUAGUGCUGCAACUGCCAAGGUGGCAAAGUCAUUGAUGCAACAAUUGGAAUAGACCCUUUGAAGUAUUACUGCUGCUUGCAUAACAAAAGACCUUCAAAUUCAUAAACACAGCUUUCUUCCUUUUGAACGUGAAC